UUAGCAGUCAUUUCUGUUGCGACUUAUAGUUGAUUGACCAUUUGUUUGUUCUUAAUCCCACGCUAGUGGCAGACAUGCAGGAACAUCUAGAAUAAGCAGAAGCCAUCCAACCCCCAAAACCAGUCACAAAAAUCCCAUCAAACUUCCAUAGUCAUCAGCUAAUCACAUGGUUAUCUUAAUUGGUUCCAAUGGCUACCCAUUUCUGAAACUUUAAUAGCAAGAACGUUUGUUAACAAAAAGCCCACUGCUAUGUUCCUCCUGGCCUGAGUAAUAAUUGCAGGCAGCAAGAUGAACUGCGAAGAAAACAGGACCACCCAUACUGUUCACUGGCCACCACCAUUUCUCUCCUUCGUCAAUACACGAUUCCCUCUUCCUCUCUCUGUAACUGCUUCAAAAUGAUUCCCUAUCAUCAGCCCCAUCCAGUUGCUUUCUCAGCUUUUUGGCACCUUCUUCAACCUUCAAUCAAUUAUUGCUUUGGCCUCUAUCCAAUUAAAAGAAGGUUCACUUUUUCCCCCCUUCAAUCUCACCUUUUCUUCAUAAAGGGCAACAAUGACAUUAUAGAGAGUUAUAACCCAGAGCACCAGAAUUGCCUUUUCUUCUUUCUUUCUGCUCCCAAUAUUCUCUAGCUUGUAUUAAUGGCUCCUUCUGCAAUCCCCUUUCCUCUGCUCUACCUCUCCUUUGCUGUAUUUGCAUCACUGCUACUUGUUCCUCCAGCUGCUUCAUCUUCAACCCCAAAGCUGCCAACUUUUCCCCCCAGCUCUUAUUACCAUCACUCAUUGGCCCAAAGGGCUAAACACUCAGCAGCUAGGCCAAAGCCAAAGCCAAAGCUUCCUUACACUACCCACUAUUUCCCUCAAGUUCUUGACCACUUCACUUUUCAGCCAAAAGGAUACAAGCUCUUCCCCCAAAAGUAUCUAUUGAACUCCACUUUUUGGCAUAGAGGAGCUCCGAUUUUCGUGUACACUGGGAAUGAAGGUGACAUUGAGUGGUUUGCUUCCAACACUGGCUUCUUGAUGGAUGUUGCUCCUAAAUUCCACGCUCUCCUGGUUUUCAUUGAACAUAGGUUUUAUGGGGAGUCGAUGCCGUUUGGGAAUGGCUCAUAUAAGUCAGCAGAGACACUAGGGUACUUGAAUUCACAGCAAGCAUUGGCUGAUUUUGCUGUGGUGAUAAGGAGCUUGAAGCAUAAUCUUUCAUCUGAAUCUUCACCAGUUGUGGUCUUUGGUGGCUCUUAUGGAGGAAUGCUGGCAUCUUGGUUCAGACUGAAAUACCCUCACAUAGCCAUGGCUGCAUUGGCAUCUUCAGCACCUAUUCUGCAGUUUGAUGACAUUACUCCAUGGUCCAGCUUCUAUGAUGCUGUUUCUCAAGACUUUAAGGAUGCAAGCCUGAAUUGUUAUGAAGUGAUUAAGGGCAGCUGGGAUGAGCUGGAGGCACUUUCAGCACAGAAAGAAGGAUUAGCUGAAAUAAGCAGAACUUUCAGAGCUUGCAAAAAUGUGCAGUCAGUAGAUCCAGUUUGGGACUGGUUAUGGUCAGCAUAUGUAUACACGGCAAUGGUGAACUACCCAACUGAGGCAAAUUUCAUGAUGCCGCUCCCUGCUUACCCUGUGGAGGAAAUGUGCAAGAUCAUUGAUGGAUUCCCAGCCGGAACCUCAAAGCUCACGAGAGUGUUUGGAGCGGCCAGCUUGUACUACAACUACUCUCAAACCCACAAGUGCUUCGAGUUGGAACAUGCUCCUGAUUCUCAUGGCCUGCAUGGCUGGGAUUGGCAGGCUUGCACGGAGAUGGUAAUGCCGAUGAAUCGAACAGAACACAGCAUGUUCCCUCCAUCUGGGUUUGACUACAAAGAAUUCUCUCAAGAAUGUAAGCGGCAGUUCGGGGUCAUGCCUCGCCCACAUUGGAUCACUACUGAAUUUGGUGGCAAGAACAUCAAGCUAGUCCUGAAGAGGUAUGGAAGCAACAUCAUAUUCUCCAAUGGAAUGCAAGACCCUUGGAGCAGAGGAGGUGUGUUGAAGAACAUUUCUUCCAGCAUAAUUGCUCUCGUGACUCAGAAAGGGGCUCACCAUGUCGAUUUUCGGUCUGCAUCUAAAGAUGAUCCACAUUGGCUUGUGGACCUGAGGAACCAAGAAGUUGGGAUUCUAAAGAAGUGGAUCAAUGAGUAUUAUGAAGAUAUGAAACACUCCAUGAAAGAAUGAGUGAAACAGUGAAAGUUAGCCGUAUGUUAUUUUGGGCUGAAACCGUAUCGAAAAUUGUAACGAAAAAGUUAGCGGUAUGGUAUUUGGUGCUAAUAUCAUGAUUCAACCAUUUCUUACUGCUAUAUAUAGUUUGUCUUCUUAUAUGAUACGGUUUCACAAACACAGAUGGACGAAGCGAAACUUCUAAUUGAGACACCAGCCAUGUAGGGUGGUCAUGGGUCAAUUCGGUAGAACCGGAUCGAAUUGAGAUAUGAUCGGAUAUAAAGCAAAGGAAAAAUGAGAAUCGGAACUAGACGAAAAGCAUGUUUGAUUCAUUUGAUUUGAUUCGAUUCAAUUCGAUUAAAAUUUAAUUUCAUUU